CAGAAAUAAUUACAGCUAACAUCAAGAAAAAUCAACAAUCACUCUAUCACAAUCCCAGCACAAUGAUUCAUAACUCACUAGAAAGAACCUUUCAACAAAUCUCUGUCACCAAAAUAUAUCAAAAUAAUCAGUUCACAGACCACCCUAUCGAAGUAAAGGAACUAGUCAAACAACACUUUCAACUAUGGACACGACACCGAAAUACUACAUCCUUUCCUAAUAAUCAAUGGUACGAACAAUACAAACCUCAAGAUUACAUACCUGACUCAGCAUUCUCCACUAUCUGCAACCCAAUAUCAUCAGAUGAAUUUUUCACUGCUCUCACUGCAGCCCCCUCCUUCAAAGCUCCAG